ACAGCAGCAGCUGCAGCAGCUGCCGCUGCUACCAAUGCAGCUAUCGCCGAAGCAAUGAAGGUGAAAAAAAUCAAAUUAGAAGCUAUGAGCAACUAUCAUGCCAGUAAUAGCCAACAUGGAGCAGAUUCUGAAAAUGGGGACAUGAAUUCAAGUGUCGGCAACAGUGAUGGUUCUUGGGAUAAGGAAGCACUGCACUCUUCCCCAUCCCUGGGGUCUCGGGCUUCUGUUGCCCACCCCCGCAUGCCUGGAGCACAUAACCUUCCACUUAGUCGUCCUCUCAACCAUCUUCAGCAGAGCCACCUUCUGCCAAAUGGUCUGGAACUUCCUUUUAUGAUGAUGCCUCACCCCCUAAUACCUGUCAGCCUACCUCCAGCAUCUGUCACCAUGGCAAUGAGCCAGAUGAACCAUCUCAGCACCAUUGCAAAUAUGGCGGCAGCAGCACAAGUUCAGAGUCCCCCAUCCAGGGUUGAGACUUCUGUUAUUAAGGAGCGGGUUCCCGACAGCCCCUCGCCUGCCCCCUCUCUGGAGGAGGGCCGAAGGCCUGGCAGUCACCCCUCAUCGCAUCGCAGCAGCAGCGUGUCCAGCUCCCCAGCACGGACUGAGAGCUCUUCAGACAGAAUCCCUGUCCAUCAGAAUGGGUUGUCUAUGAACCAGAUGCUGAUGGGUUUAUCACCAAAUGUACUUCCNAAAAAGAUAAUU